AGCAUCUGUUCCUCCCUGAAGAGACGCAGGCUGAAAACCAGACGAUCACAUUCACCUUCCAAACCAAACUGAACCAAACCAGACCAGACGUCCUGAGUGAGUCCAGCUACAGGAGAGAAGAGUCAAACUACAACCUGCCAACGCUCCACACACUGACCAUUCACCUGGAGACUCAAUGGCUUCAAGAUCAGAAGAGGAUCUCUGCUGUUCCGUCUGCCAUGAUGUCUUCAGAGAUCCUGUCAUUCUGUCAUGUAGCCACAGCUUCUGUAAAGACUGUGUGGAGAGCUGGUGGAAAGACAAAGAAGUAAAAGAGUGUCCACUUUGUAAGAGUAGAUCUUCAAAGCGUAAACCACCUUGUAACCUGGUGUUGAAGAACCUUUGUGAGGCCUUCUUACUGGAGAGAGAUCAGAGCUCUUCACAUGCUCUCUGCAGUCUGCACUCAGAGAAACUCAGACUCUUCUGUCUGGACCAUCAGCAGCCAGUGUGUGUCAUCUGCAGAGAUUCAGAAAAACACACCGGCCACAGAUUCAGACCCAUCGAUGAAGCUGCACAACAACACAAGAAGCAGCUUCAGGAAACUCUGGAGCCCUUGAAGAAGAAGUUACAGAGUUUUAAACAUGUUAAAGUAAAGUUUGAACAAACAGCAAAACACAUUAAGGUCCAGGCCCGACGCACAGGGACGCAGAUCAAGGAGCAGUUUAAAAAGCUUCAUCGGUUUCUGGAUGAGGAAGAGGAGGCCAGGAUGGCUGCACUGAGGGAGGAAGAGGAGCAGAAGAGUCGGAUGAUGUGGAAGAAGAUUGAGGCUCUGAGUAAAGACAUAACGGCUCUUUCAGACACAAUCAGGACCACAGAGGACGAGCUGAGAGCUGAAGACGUCUCGUUCCUGCUCAACUACAAGGCUGCAGUGGAACGAGUCCAGCAGCGCCCCCUGCUGGGUGAUCAACAGCUGGCCUCAGGAGCUCUGAUAGACCAGGCCAAACAUCUGGGCAACCUGAGCUUCAACAUCUGGAACAAGAUGAAGGACGUGGUCUCCUACAGUCCUGUGGUUCUGGACCCAAACUCUGCUCAUCCAGUGUUUGUCCUGUCUGAAGAUCUGAUCAGUUUGAGACUAGGAGAGAAACAGGAGCUUCCUGACAAUCCAGAGAGGUUUGAUCAUUACGCCUUAGUCCUUGGAUCUGAGGGUUUUAACUCAGGGACUCACUGCUGGAACGUCCUGGUUGGAGACAGUACACGCUGGACAGUGGGUGUAAGAGCAGAGCCUGUCCAGAGGAAGGGAGUCAAAGAGUCUGAAUCAUGGAGAAUAAGGUUAUCUGAAGGUAAAUACUCAGCACAGUCACCAUCAGGAUUAUCUGUUCUCUCUGUGGAGAAGAUCCAGAGGAUCAGAGUGAAACUGGACUGGAACAGAGGAGAACUGUCGUUCUUUGAUCUUGAUACCAACAAACACAUUCACACCUUCAUACACACUUUCACUCAGAAGAUGUUUCCAUACUUUAGAACUGGAGGUCACAUGAAGGUGUUACCUGUGAAAGUCUCUGUGAAGCUGGAUCAGAGCCGUUAGAGAUAAAGAUUUUAUUCAUCAUGUUUAUUUCUUCAAGAGAAAUCUGCUGAAUUUAAAAGUUAAACUCGUUAUUCUAAAGAUUUGUUUAUUUCUCCUUUUCUUUCUCACUCAUUUUAAUUUCUCCUGUCGACUUUUCCACGAGUGUAAAAAGAUUUGAUUAUUUUCUGAUCUUUAUCUUUGGUUUGUUUUUUACUUUCAUGGAAAAUGUUUUCUAUCAUUUAGAUUUUGUGUGGAUCCAUGAAGUCGAGCAAACUGAUGAAGAUCCUCAUAAAAACACAUUUAUCGAUAACAGCUGAUCAUUGUUCACAUUCAACAAACUUUAUUAAAACUCACACAUGAGACAUGAUUCAUAUUUAAUCACAUAAAGUCUGUUCACAUAUGAAAUAAUCCAACAUAUAUGAACAAUUGUCUGUUUGAUGUGAUGAAGCCAAAAUGACUCUGUCUG